AUGAUUUUAAAACAGAAAACUAAAAACUAUAGGUGUAUUGUUUUCACAUCAUCAUUUCUCAUUUCAUUCCAUCAUCAAAAUGUACAUAAACUGGGCUCAUCACUAUAUUCCAAAAAUCUUUGCUUCCUUUGCAUUUAUAAUAAAUCCAAUUUUUGUGUAUUUGCUGUUUACGGAAAAAUCAAACAAGUUUGGCCAUUAUCGAUAUCUUCUGCUAUUUUUUGCACUAUUCAACAUAUUCUACUCCAUUGUGACCAUAGUCGUACCAAUAGUAAUGUCUUUUUUUCACAACUUCUUCCUUUGCUCUUCAUAGUUCUUUCUAAGAUCAAUUUUCCCAAAAACUGAAAAUCGUCAAAACUUCCAGGACAUACACACCAGGGGUGUGCGGCAAAUUUGCCGAAUUUGCCGAAUUUGCCGAGCACGGCAAAUUUCAAAAAAGUAGAUUUGCCGAAUUUGCCGAGCUCGGCAAAUUUCGAAAUUUGCCGCACACGUCAAAAAUUUGACAGUACAAUUUUGACUAAAACUGUUGAUUUUUUCGCCAAAAAUUUAGUAAAAUGACAACAAAUUGAGUUAUUUUGAUGUUUAAGCAGACACACUACACCUAACUUGUUCAGAAACCAGAGGUGUGUUAAGAAUUCAGUAGUUUUGAUGCUCCAAAAAAUAUCAAAAAAUAUAUAAUUUUUCCGAGUUUGUUAAGCACGGCAAAUUUGCCGAAUUUGCCGAAUUUGCCGAGCUCGGCAAAUUUUGAGAUUUGCCGCACACCCCUGCUUCAUACCACAACAGAUUGAACCAAUUAUCUUGUUUCUAGGAAGCAUCAGACGACGUUAUCAUAAGAUCUUGGAUAGCAGUUGCAGGAAUUUCAUUAUUUUCUAUUGAUUUAUAUGCAAUCUUCGGCUUUUUGGUUAGUUAAAUCCUGAAGUAAUUUAAUUCAAUUCUGAUUAUUUAGACAAUGAGCAAACUGACCGAAAACACGUUACAUAUGAGUAAAACCACAACAACCAUUCAAAAAGCUCUUCUUAAAGCUUUAAUUGUCCAGACAAUUAUACCGAUUUUUGUCAUUUUUUCCCCAUGUAUUCUUUGUUGGUUCAGUCCAAUUUUCAACAUUAAUCUUGGAAGGUAAAUCAAGAUAUCCGGAUUCAUUUGGCUAUAAUUUAAAUAUUACAGAGGAUUUAACUAUCUUGAAGUAUUGGCACUUUCAGCAUUUCCAUUUUUUGAUCCAUUGGCCAUUAUUCUCUGUCUUCCUCCACUCCGGAAACGUGUUCUCUUCAAAAAAUCAAAGACAAAUAUUACUAAAAAUUGUGCUCUCAAUUGA